AAGGAUGAUGCGAUGUUUCUCCGGCGCACCAAUCAAGGCGACGGGGCCGAGGCUAGACCGAGUGUGUUAUAUAAACCGCGAGAGAAGUGGGCCGUGGGGACUACCAACAACAGUGCUCUUAAUAUAUCUAUAUUGUCCAAGCCCAUGCUGUAGUGACGGCGGGCGCCACCGGGCGAGCGGAUUCGGGGAUGUUGUCCGUAUUGGAUAUGGAUGUUAUGGAGGGCAUUUAUAAAAAGGCCUGUCCGUCCUGCAAGUUAAUACGGUAUCGCCAUAUUUUCCUACUUGUUGCCAAGAGAGGAAUUACUCAAGAUGAGGCUUCAUCCAUUCAUUCUGCUAGCAGCUGCUGUCACCAGUACCAGCGCGGCUGGGGUUACAGGGGCAGCAGAGGGCUUCGCGAAGGGUGUGACUGGUGGCGGGAGUGCGACUCCAGUCUAUCCAGAGACUACUGCUGAGUUGGUUUCGUACUUGGGGGACAGCUCAGCGCGGGUCAUUAUCUUGACCAAGACAUUCGACUUCACUGGCACUGAAGGCACUACAACGGAAAAUGGAUGCGCUCCGUGGGGCACUGGGUCUGCUUGUCAGCUUGCGAUCAACAAGAAUGACUGGUGUACAAAUUACCAGCCAGAUGCCCCGUCUGCUUCUGUUAGCUACGACAAUGCCGGAGUCCUGGGCAUCACCGUCAAGUCCAACAAAAGCCUAGUAGGCGAGGGCUCCAGCGGUGUGAUCAAGGGGAAAGGCCUCCGGAUUGUGAGUGGUGCAAGCAAUGUCAUCAUCCAAAACGUUGCAAUCACAGACCUCAACCCCAAGUACGUCUGGGGCGGCGACGCAAUCACCCUCAACGACGCCGACAUGGUCUGGAUCGACCACGUUACGACCGCGCGCAUUGGCCGCCAGCAUCUCGUCCUGGGAACAAGCGCCUCGAACAGAGUGACGGUGUCCAAUUCCUACUUCGAUGGCGUGAGCUCAUACUCGGCCACCUGCGAUGGGUACCACUACUGGGGCAUCUACCUAGACGGCUCCAACGACCUUGUCACUCUAAAGGGGAACUACAUCUACCACAUGAGUGGCCGUAGCCCUAAAGUCGCCGCAAACACCCUUCUUCACGCAGUAAACAACUACUGGUACGACUCCUCCGGGCACGCAUUCGAGAUCGACGCCGGCGGCUACGUCCUCGCAGAAGGCAACGUCUUCCAAAACAUCCCCACCGUCGUAGAAUCCCCCAUCAGCGGGCAGCUCUUCACCUCGCCCAACUCGAACACGAACCAAGUCUGCUCAACGUACCUGGGCCAUACAUGCCAAGUCAACGGAUUCGGCAGCUCCGGCACAUUCAGCCAGGCGGAUACGGGCUUUUUGGUUAAUUUCCAGGGAAAGAACAUUGCCAGUGCAGAGGCUUAUACUGUUGCGCAGAGCAGUGUCCCGUCGAAUGCUGGGCAGGGGAAAUUGUAAGGUAUAUUCGAUUAGUUCCAAUGCAUGUCAUAUAUCGGUGCGUCAACGGGCAGGAGCUGGACUGACGUUCACCGACCCUUCCUAAACCCUAAAUUAAGCUUCUCUUUUCAGAGAAAGUGCAAUGAAGAAAGUCAGGUCGCUCCUUCCAACCCUGGACAGCCUUCCAUCGCACCUUCCCUCAAGCCACCCUACAAACGCAAUUAGUAACUCAACAGGAAGGAGCAACCUAUUAUCGCUCUUUCCAAUUUAAGUAUACUGGUACCUACUAUUUGUAGGUCGUAGUAGGCAGCUUCGGCAA